ACUUCCUGAUCCGCACCGCAGAGUCUCCGCACACAAACAUCACCAAAUCACUCUGUGUCUUAAUUAUCUCUCAUAAUGAGAGGGACACGCAUUAUAUUUGAGCUUGAGCAUAAAUGAAACCCGUUUCUGAGGGGUUCGCGCUGAAACUCAAGUGUGCCAAGAAGCAUGAACCUGCACCAGGUGCUCACAGGAGCCGUCAACCCCGGAGACAACUGCUUCUCUGUGGGCCGCGUCAACAACCAGCCCUUCACGGCCUACGCCUCUGGCUGUGACAUCGUCAUUCUGGGGAGUGACUUUGAAAGGAUCCAGAUCAUCCCAGGAACCAAACACGGGAACAUCCAGGUGGGCUGCGUGGACUGUUCACUGCAGGGCGGACAGAUCGCAGCGUCGUACGGAAACAUUAUUUGUGUGUUUGAGCCGGUGGAGGUCAGUCCACAAGGAAAAGCACAAAAACAGAAGCGGAGCUAUCAUUGGCAGAAGAGCGGGCAGUUCGUCCUGCAGUCGGUCGCACAGAUUCUGACGUGGCACCCCACAGGCUCGUGUCUGCUGACGGGCUCGUCGUGUCUGCAGCUGUGGUGUGACGCUCAGUCCAGCGCAGAGACCGAACCCGCUGCUCCUCAGCGCUCCUGGAGAAGCGUUUGGCAGUGCAAGUCCGCCGCUCCCACUCACUUCAUCAAGUUCUCCCCGGAUGGAGAGUUUUUUGCGACCGCAGGACAGGACGACUGUCUGGUGAAGGUGUGGUACAGCACCAGUAAAUGGCAAGCAGACGUCACCAAACUCUUCACGCCGCUCGACCUGCGCUCCGGAGCCGAGAUCAACUUCUCCUUCAUUUACCUGGCUCACCCUCGCUCCGUCACCGGCUUCUCCUGGAGGAAGACCAGCAAAUACAUGCCCAGAGGCGCCGUGUGUAACGUGCUGCUGACCUGCUGCAAGGACAGCGUGUGUCGCCUGUGGGCCGAAACACUGCUGCCCAGCGACUGUCUUCUGUCUGGACUCAGACACAAUCACUGCAGCAAUGACGUGAUGAAGAAUAACAGCAUGAAGAAGAGCUCCAGCAACACCCGAGCGCAGAGCCAGAACCCGCUGGAGAUGAUUCCUGGCUUCCUGGCUCCGUCUGAUGGUCACGAUCGCUGCAUCUCGUGCCUGGGCUUUGAGCACGCCGAGGCAGCGCUCGUGGGAGAUUCAUGUUCUCAUUGCGGGAACAUGACCAUCGCGAUGUUACGAUCGAGACUCCUCUUCAUGAAACGAGGGGGAGUCCCUCUUGCUAUGCCCCGAUCAAGUUCCUCUGUCUCACAGCAGCGGAGGACUACUUCGGCAUAUGGUCAGGGUGAUCUGAGGAUAGGCGCCGUGUGUAACGUGCUGCUGACCUGCUGCAAGGACAGCGUGUGUCGCCUGUGGGCCGAAACACUGCUGCCCAGCGACUGUCUUCUGUCUGGACUCAGACACAAUCACUGCAGCAAUGACGUGAUGAAGAAUAACAGCAUGAAGAAGAGCUCCAGCAACACCCGAGCGCAGAGCCAGAACCCGCUGGAGCUGAAGCUGAAGCCGUCGUGGAGAGAGGAGGUGCGCUGUUUAUCUCAGCUCUCAUACAGCGGUCCUCUGCCCCAGCAGCAGAACAAACACAACGCCCAUCGCACCAACAUGUUGCACGCCAACGCACUGUGCCACUUCCACAUCGCCGCCAGCAUCAACCCAGCCACAGACAUCCCUCUGCUGCCCUCCAUCUCGUCCAUGAGCGGCUCUGAUGAGGAGGAACCGGGCGGCCCGUUCACCGUUCACUGGCUCAACAACAAAGAGCUGCACCUGACGCUGAGCAUGGAGGUGUUUCUACAGCAGCUGAGGAGCAGCGGCGAGCAGAACGGACCCACAGAGCGCUACGAUGCUGAUGAGGAGGGGAGCGGUGCUGAUGCUGCGGCUCUGGGCUCCGUCUCUCUCCCUGCGGUGGCGGUGGAUCAUCUGGUGGAUGUGCUGCUGAGUGACUGGAACAGAGCAGCAGACAUGCUGUUUAGUAUCCACCCGAUGGACGGAUCACUGCUGGUGUGGCAUGUCGACUGGCUGGACGAAUACCAGCCCGGCAUGUUCCGACAGGCGCAGGUUUCCUUUGUGUCCAGGAUUCCCGUGGCCUUCCCCACCGGCGACGCCAACUCUCUCAGCCGCAGCGUGGUCAUGUACGCCUGCAACAGAAACGUGGACCUGGCCAUGCAGCACGGCCGUCAGCGUCCCGCGGGCCUGCCGCACUCGUCCUCCUCCGCUCUGAUCGGACAGAGCCAGAACAAACCCUCCUCCAGCAGCCUGCGUCUCAGCAUCUUCACCCCCAGUGUCCUGAUGAUCUCCAAACACGCCGACGGCUCACUCAACCAGUGGGCCGUCAGCUUCGCCGAGGACUCGGCCUUCUCCACGGUGCUCAGCGUGUCUCAUAAGUCACGGUACUGCGGUCAUCGCUUCCACCUCAACGAUCUGGCCUGCCACUCUCUGCUGCCGCUGCUGCUUACCACCUCGCACCACAACGCCCUGAGGACGCCCGCCGCCGCUCUGACCGCCCCGGCCCGCAGGAGCAGAGUCUCGCAGGACCCCAGCGCCAUCUACAGCGAGCUGAUCCUGUGGCGGGUGGAUCCGGUGGGGCCGCUGUCGUUCUCUGGCGGCGUGUCGGAGCUGGCCAGGAUCAACUCGCUGCACGCCUCCGCCUUCUCUAACGUGGCCUGGCUGCCCACGCUCAUCCCCAGCAACUGCCUCGGUGUGUAUGGAAACUCACCCAGUGCCUGCUUCAUCGCCAGUGACGGACACUCGCUCCGACUCUAUCAGGCCAUCAUCGAGGCCAAGAAACUGCUGAGUGAACUCUCCAACCCCGACAUCUCCAAAUAUGUUGGGGAGGUGUUUAACAUCAUCAGCCAGCAGUCGACGGCUAGACCAGGCUGCAUCAUUGAGCUUGAUGCCAUCACAGACUUUCAGGGGAAAGAGACGCAGCUGCUGCACGUGUUCGAGGAGGACCUGAUCUUGGGAAGCGAGAAAGUAGACGACUGCCUGCAGGAUUCUGUUCCCAGCCGGACGCUCUUCUCCGCUCGCUUCUUCCUGGUGGUGGUGGAGAUCACUCAGAGCGGCAGGGUACUUCUGUCCCACCAUAACGUGAAGAUGACGGCGUUCUUCAGCAAUAACUUCAGUGAAGACCGCUGGAGGAAGGCAGCGCUGAAGAACGCUUUCUCUCUGCUCGGAAAGCAACGUUUCCAGCAUUCAGCGGCUUUCUUUCUGCUGGCCGGAUCCCUGAAAGAUGCUGUUGAGGUUUGUAUAGAGAAGAUGCAGGACCUUCAGCUGGCUCUGGUGGUCUGUCGGCUGUAUGAGUCUGAGUUCGAGAUGUCCUGCAGCUACAAGCGAAUCCUGCAGAGGCAUGUGUUGGGUCAGGAUCACCAGAUCGCGGCCCAUCAGGACCCGUUCUUACGCAGCAUGGCGUACUGGGUCUUAGAUGACUACAGCAGGGCUUUGGACACGCUGCUCGAGCCCAAUGCAGACACGUCACAUGAAGGAACCGGAUCGUCUCCCUGUAGUCCUGAUGUUUUUAACUUCUACACCUACCUCCGCACACACCCGCUGCUGCUGCGCCGUCACUUCGGCUCCUGUGAUAAAGCUAAAGUGGGUCUGACCGCUGAAGGCCGCGCCAUCAGCCUCACAGAGAGGAGGCUCUUCUUCACCGCCGCUUAUGCACACUUACAGGCCGGCUGCCCCAUGCUGGCUUUAGAGGUGCUCUCCAAAAUGCCAAAGGUCGUGAAGCGCUCAAAGCCAUGCGAGAAUUCGCCCGAGUCGUCGAGCGAGCGUGAAGACCAGGCCUCGGCUCCGUGGCCGGUUCUCAACGGCUUGGAGUCCGUGUCCUCGCUCUCGUCUCCCAGAGAGGACAGCCAGUCGGACUCUGUGCUCAGUUUCGACUGGAGCCAGCCGUCUGUCACCCUGCAGGACGAGCCUCUGGAUCUUAAGUGGGACAGCGAUAAAGACGACUCGGACGAGGAAGAAUCAGGCCUGGCGAUGAAGACCAUCCAUCCGAAGAAAGACGACGGCGCUCCGGAAGCGACAUCCACCCCUAGGGAUCACGGUAGGGCUGUCAAAAUGCUUCUAAAUUCGAAUUUUGCACUUAAAUAUUAUCCAUUUUCGAAUUUAAAAGGCAUGAUUUCAGUUAGGGUGAAAACUGCUCAAACCAAAGGAACCGGAUCGUCUCCCUGUAGUCCUGAUGUUUUUAACUUCUACACCUACCUCCGCACACACCCGCUGCUGCUGCGCCGUCACUUCGGCUCCUGUGAUAAAGCUAAAGUGGGUCUGACCGCUGAAGGCCGCGCCAUCAGCCUCACAGAGAGGAGGCUCUUCUUCACCGCCGCUUAUGCACACUUACAGGCCGGCUGCCCCAUGCUGGCUUUAGAGGUGCUCUCCAAAAUGCCAAAGGUCGUGAAGCGCUCAAAGCCAUGCGAGAAUUCGCCCGAGUCGUCGAGCGAGCGUGAAGACCAGGCCUCGGCUCCGUGGCCGGUUCUCAACGGCUUGGAGUCCGUGUCCUCGCUCUCGUCUCCCAGAGAGGACAGCCAGUCGGACUCUGUGCUCAGUUUCGACUGGAGCCAGCCGUCUGUCACCCUGCAGGACGAGCCUCUGGAUCUUAAGUGGGACAGCGAUAAAGACGACUCGGACGAGGAAGAAUCAGGCCUGGCGAUGAAGACCAUCCAUCCGAAGAAAGACGACGGCGCUCCGGAAUUUCUGUCUCCCGGGCAUUAUGUUAUUAUGUUUUCUCUCUCUCACCAGGACGACAGUCUGCAGAUCUCCGUUCCCGCUCCGCAGCACCUGUCUGUUCCUCUUUUCCUGGCGUGGACCGCCAGCUCCAAAACAGUGGUGGCCAAUCCCAUAGUGCACCUGACCAACCUCACGCAUGACAUACUGCACACCAUCAACGCUCUGGACGUGCCUCCGCACCCGGAUAUCGUCAACAACGAGAUCUACGUGAUGCACACGCUAGCGGCUUCCCUCUCCGCCUGCAUCUAUCAGUGUCUCUGUGACGGACACAGCUACAGCCAUGUGAAUCCGUUCACGGGCAUCACCUACCAGAGCGUCCUGCUUACCCAUCAGCCCCCGGUGAGGAGCGUCAGCAUCGAGGAGGCCAUCCUGCCCAACACCUCUCCUGCGCAGUGGCCUGGUGUGAGCGUCCUGAUGCGGCUGCUGAGUGCGUCUGGAGACGAGAACCAGCCUGGUCUGCCUGUGCUCCUGUGUGAGAUCCUGACCGCCGUCAUCCUCAGCCUGUUCGUCCACGGUCUGGCCACUCACUCCAGCCACGAGCUCUUCCGCAUCGUCGCUCACCCGCUCAACAGCAGGCUGUGGGUGUCUGUGUUCGGCGGCGGCGCUCGUGUUCCUGUGCCGGAGAAGCCCAGCUCACCCACAGGUUCUGCUCUCCUCAUGCUGCUGGUUGUCUGGUCCAUGUCCCGCCGGCGCUCUGCUCUGCCCGUCAGACGGCUGUGGCAGUAUCUGGUCAAACAGGAAGAAGUUCAGGAGACGUUCAUACGAAACAUCUUCACCAAGAAACGAGAUCAGAAUGAGAUCGAGGCCGGUCUGGGGUUUCCUGGAGGAAAAGCUCGCAUCAUCCACAAGGAGUCGGACAUCAUCACGGCGUUCGCCAUCAAUAAGGCCAAUCGCAACUGUUUAGUGAUCGCCUCCACCCACGACAUCCAGGAGCUGGAUGUGUCCUCCAUCCUCGCCACGCAGAUCCUGACCUGGGUCGAUGACGAGAACGAGACCGAGGUCAAAGGAACGGAUGAUUUCCUGGUGGUUCACGCUCGGGACGACUUCAGCUUGCUUCACGGCAGCACACCCUACACCCACAGCAGCCCCGGGACACCCAUCAACAUGCCCUGGCUGGGGGGCCUGCAGACGGGCCGAGGAGCCGCUGUGCUCAUCAAACGCAACAUCAACAACGUGAGGCGGAUGACGUCACACCCCACGCUGCCCUACUGUGAGAGACUACACCCGGAUCGGAUUCUAUUGAAGCAGUGGGGUCACUCACAGCAGAUCACCUGCUUCAGGAGCCCCGGAAACUCCAGGGUCAGCAGGAUACGCUUCAAUUAUCAGGGCAAUAAGUUUGGGAUCGUGGUUGCGGACGGAGCGCUCAGUCUCUGGCAGACCAGCACCUCAGGAAACACUCCCAAACCCUAUCUGACGCUUCAGUGUCACAAUAAGACGGCGAAUGACUUUGUGUUUGUGGGCUCGUCGUCUCUCAUCGCCACUGCAGGCCUGUCCACAGACAACAGGAACGUGUGUCUGUGGGAUACGCUGGUCACGCCAGCAUACAGUCUGGUUCACGGCUUCAGCUGUCACGAGUCCGGCUCCACGGUUCUGGCUCUGGCGUCUAAACAGCAGCUGCUGCUCAGCGGAGGCCGGAAGGGCUGCAUCAGUGUUCUGGACCUCAGUCUGAAGAUCCAGCGCCAGAGUUUCCAGGCGCACGACUCGGCCGUCAAAGCGCUGGCCAUCGACGCCAGCGAGAGCUGCUUCAUCAGCGGAUCGGCCGAGGGCAACAUCAAGCUUUAUUUCAAUUACGGAAAACAGUUUUUAGUAGUUUCAGUCUUAGUUAACAAUGAUGACAACAUAGUUGGUUUCUUUGGGAAUAACUAG